AUGGUCGCCUUUCUUCCUUUCGUCAUACCUCUUCUCCCCCUUGUAGCAGGUUUUGUGCACCCUGGUCUGCUCGUCUCCGAUAGUGAUAUCUCUCGCACCCAGAAAAAGAUCAAGGCCAACCAGGAUCCAUGGAUUACAUCUUGGAAUACCCUGACCAGUCUGUCAUUUUCUGAUGCUAGCUAUACUCCUUCCCCAGUUGAUGUUGUCUAUCGGGGUAACUGGGAUGGCCAUACGGAGAACGCAAAACUCCUCUGGCAUGAUGUCGCGGCAGCAUUCAAUUUAGGCCUACGCUGGAAGAUAUCUCAAAACACGAGUUUCGCCGAUGCCGCUAGCAAUAUCCUGCAUGCAUGGGCGACCAAUCUCACUGCAUUCGGCGGUGGUGACGAUAAGUACCUCACAGCUGGUCUGCAGGGGUACGAAUUUGCCAAUGCAGCCGAACUUCUUCGCGACUAUCAGCCCUUCGUGGACAAUGUUCUCCCAGCUGUCGUGGAAAUGGCUAAUAAUAUCUUUAUUCCGAUGCACUACAGAUGGCUAAACCACGAGGAGCCCUCGGAGCAUAAUAUUCUUCAUUUCUUCGCGAACUGGGAGUUGUGUAAUGUCGCUUCUGCUAUGGCUAUGGCUGUCGUAACCGAAAACCAAACAGUGUGGGAUUUCGCCGUGAAUUACUUCAAGACUGGAGACGGAACGGGCGGGAUCAAUAAUGCUAUCAACAAUAUCGUUGAAGAGCCUGGCACUGGAGUUUUACUCGGUCAAGGCCAAGAAUCUGGUCGUGAUCAGGGCCACUCAGCAUUGGACAUACAACUUCUCGGAGUUAUCGGGCAGCAAGCCUGGAACCAAGGAGAGGAUCUAUUUGCCUAUAAUGAUAGCCGGAUUCUCCGUGGAACGGAGUACUUCGCGCGGUACAACCUUGGAAACGACGUCCCCUUCGUCUACUACACGAACGGUAUAGUCAGCCACACAGAGAUCAGCAGCGCCUCUCGUGGAGCUGUUAGACCUACUUGGGAGCUUCUCUACAAUCAUUAUGUUACCAUGAAAGGAAUGGAUGCACCUUGGACUACUCUGUUCCUCAACAACUCUCUUGAAUAUUACGGCGGUGCGGAGGGCGGUGCGGGCUCAUGGGGAGAAGGAUCUGGCCAUUACGAUGGGCUGGGCUGGGGAUCAUUACUCUAUCGCAUGGAUGAGUCUGAUGUGAAAGCUGCAUCCUCCGAGUCAGCGUCAUCUACGGCAAAGCCCACACCAAGGGUGUCCACUACAUCUCACGCAACGACUACGACUUCUGACGCAUCCAGCAAAAGUGCGCUUGCUUCGAGCUCAACCACCACGGAAGUUCCUGUUGCCUCAACUACUUUGAACACCGAAACAUUCGCAUCGUCAACUACUGCAACCAAUAGCGGGACACCCCGGUCUUUUACUAGCAGUACAACUUCGGCCGGCGUAUCAACAACUUUGCCCACUGUCCCACUUGAUGGGUCGCAUGACUAUAAUCACCACCACCAUCACCAUCAUCAUCAUCACACGGAGGGUCAGACACAGAAUGUCUGCCACUGUGACCGGCUUGAUCCCGUGUGUUCUCAAUGCAAGAGAGUUGGCAACCAAUGUGGCGGCUAUCGGGAUCUGCCGUCUUUUAUGUUCCGUGAUGAGAAUGACAAGGCGGCUCGACGAAGUGCAGAAGCAAAGGCCAGGACCGAGGCCCGUCGAAGACUGGAGGAUAGUGCAGCUCUAGAAUCUGAUAUAUCCACCCCCUGCUCGCAAGCCGAUUGUUUGCUGUCAGAUGCUCUGAUGUGCAAGAGCAGGGGCCAAUUGAUCCUCACCCCGAGAAUUACUGCCCCGCUGUCCACUCCAUUGGAGGACCAGGGGUUGAGGUUCUUUAUUAACCAUUUUGUGAUGCGGAUGGCCACCGGACCAGACGGCUCUCUAGAUGUAGGUAGCUUGCCACCAUCUCCUCAUUUUGGAGCAAUCAACCUCGAUCAGUCGAGUCGAGAUGCUGUCAUCUCGGUUGGACUUGCUGCCUUGUCCAAUGUCAAUCAUGACAAAUCACUGCGGAUACUGUCUCGAGAGAAACAUGCCAUGGUCAUCAAAGCUGUACGGGAAGUAGUAGAGGACCCCGCUCAGGCCAAUCCCGACACAACGGUUUCCUUGAUCGUAAUGCUGAGUUUAUACGAGAUGGUCAGCUGUGCCCCAAAUCGGCUCGACUCUUGGAUAGUGCAUCUAGAUGGUGCAACUGCCUUACUUAAACAAUCCACCUUUGGGCUAUCACUCACGACUUUGAACCAUCGAGCCUACUUACAAUUCUACUUUAUUUCAAUUGUCAAGUAUUUCGCCGAGAGGACUUUGACACCGGAUCUACUCAACUGGUCUCCUGAUCUCGUACCCUCUGCGCUACCAGAUAUCUUCCCAUGCCUUGGUCUUGUUGAUAUACUCGUAAGAUUCACGAAGUUCGAUGCAUGCCUACAUCAUGAAAAAGCCAAUGCCAGAGCAGCAGUGGACUCAGCACUAUUGUUUGAAGAUCAACUUUGCGAGUGGGAAACUCAUUUGCCAACGUACUGGUCCUUUACUGUGAAAGAAUCUAAUACAUACGAGCACACCUUUCGUGGCCAGUAUCAUGUCUACAAAAACAUGUGGGUUUCGAAAAUUCUCAACCACUACCGCUGGGCACGACUGCUGGUCAACGAGACCAUUGUAUCCCUAAUCUCGAGAAUGGCACGACCCACAGCAAAUGAUAUAAUUCAACGACAGCAAGCAUUGAACACAAUCGCUUGCAUGGCAAUUGACAUAUGCGCCGGAGCUGCAAGUCAGGAAGCUAUAUCCGAGCAAGGGGAUACCGAAGACUCACCACCUAUACCCCUGUUGAAUGGCAUUUUCAUGCUGCUUUUCCAAUUGGGAGUGGCCGGAGGUGCGGCGGGGACCCCCGAUGAAGUCCAUGAUUGGGUUAUUGGGACACUUGAGCGAAUAGGAUAUACGAUGGGGAUCCGGCGAGCUCUGGAAAUGAUACCUCAACUGAAGAAAUCAGUCAGGAAAUGGAAACUAGAUCAAAAGCUGUGGAACAGCAGAUAUGAGUAUAAUAGAAGUCAGACAUAA